AUGGCGCACUCGCGCGACGCCAACGAGCUGCGCCACUUGUGGGUGGAGUGGCGGCACGCGUCGGGCGAGAAGUGCAGAGGCCUCUUCGAGCGCUACGUGGCGCUCAGCAACGAGUCGUCGAUAUUAAACAAUUACACCGACACGUCGGAGGUGUGGUUGGAGCCGUAUGAAGCGAAGGACUUCCGCGACCAAGUGCGCGAGCUGUGGGAACAGCUGCGGCCGCUCUACGAGCAGCUGCACGCCUACGUGCGCCGGAAGCUGCAGGAGCAGUACGGGGAGGCGGAGGUGUCGCGGGACGGGCCCAUCCCCGCGCAUCUCGUUGAAUUCAGAAAAUGUGAAAAAUCCAAAUUAAUGUUUAAUAGACCGUUCUUAAAUGAAAAGCAAUACAGAUAUUCUAAAAAAUUUUAA